GUACACAAAAUUCACGAAACAGGCUGGCCAAUUUUGGGGCUACAAAUACAUUAAACACCGUGCUGUUUCACCUAUAAAACCCCGAAUGUGACAAUAAAGUGUGAUUGUUUCACCUUGACCGCAUAAAUCGUCGCGCUUUUCAUAGAGAAACUUCCCGAUAAAGUGUGACUAAUCUGCCGCGGUUAAGCAUACGUGAUACAGAGACGGCAGCAAGUUGGCGAAUUUUACCGGAUCGGGUACAGGGGGUGGAAAAAUGCGCCGAACGCAGGGCUACAGCUACCAACCGCUGCCACAGCAAGCCCCAGGCCCGAGCAGCGCCAGCCACGAUGCACUCGAGGAGGAAAACGAACGUAUGGCCGAAGAGCUGAAGGGCAAAAUCGGUGCGCUCAAGUCGCUUACGAUCGACAUUGGAAAUGAGGUGCGGUACCAGGACCGACUGUUGCGCGGCAUUGACGAGGAUAUGGACCGGACGGGUGGUUUCAUGUCGAACACGAUAAAUCGAGUCGUCCGGUUGGGUAAGGGCGGUCACCGGAACUAUAUGUGUUACAUGUUUCUCUUUGUGAUGGUUGUGUUUUUCGUGCUAUAUCUCAUACUAAAAUUCCGAUAGUAGCGAAUUACCUUUGCACGUAUCCAUCUGUUCCCCCAAAUACGAAUAUUUGUUAUAUUAAAGUAAUUAUGAAUACAUCAAUUCAAUACGAGAAAACCUCUUGUUGUUUGCUAUAUAAUUUGAACUUAAGGAAACUUUCCAAAAAUAAGGUGAAAGGAUUUUUUUGGAAUAACAGAACACAGGAAAAAGCUAAUGACGAAUCAAUGUAAUUGAGAGUUGUUCGAAUGUCGCAUUAUAAUUAUUACGUUCCACACGCUCGGUUAAGUAUCUACAUAAUUUAUUUUC